AAUUGGGCUCUUUGAUAUGUGCCAAAAUGGCUCUCCCUAGGAGGUAGAACUCGAUUGUCCGCUGCCCUCGUCUCCUUGCUGUGGAAGCUGGCCCUGGGCACUCCCCCCGGAGCCUCAUCGCUUUAGAGUCUCCAUUCCUCCCACUUCAGAACGGGUCACCGCGCGUCCCGCUUCCUCGGAGUGGAAUCAUGAAGGUGGUAAAUCUGAAGCAAGCCAUUUUGCAAGCUUGGAAGGAACGAUGGAGUGACUACCAGUGGGCCAUCAACAUGAAGAAAUUCUUUCCCAAAGGAGCCACCUGGGACAUUCUCAACUUGGCAGAAGCGCUGUUGGAGCAGGCCAUGAUUGGACCCUCCCCUAAUCCGCUCAUCCUGUCCUAUCUGAAGUAUGCCAUCAGCUCCCAGAUGGUGUCCUACUCCUCUGUCCUCACAGCCAUCAGCAAGUUUGAUGACUUUUCCCGGGACCUGUGUGUCCAAGCACUCCUGGACAUCUUGGACAUGUUUUGUGACCGGCUAAGCUGUCACGGCAAAGCAGAGGAGUGCGUUGGGCUGUGCCGAGCCUUGCUCAGCGCCCUCCACUGGCUGCUGCGCUGCACAGCAGCCUCUGCGGAGCGUCUGCAGGAGGGACUGGAGGGAGGAGGCCCAGGCGCCGGAGAGAAGCAGCUUGCCAUGUGCCUGCAGCGCCUGGAGAAGACCCUGAGCAGCACCAAGAACCGGGCCCUGCUGCACAUCGCCAAACUGGAGGAGGCCUCCUCCUGGACGGCCAUUGAACACUCUCUCUUGAAACUUGGGGAAGUCCUGGCCAAUCUCAGCAACCCCCAGCUCCAGAGCCAGGCUGAGCAGUGCAGCACACUCGUUAGGAGCAUCCCCACAAUGCUGUCUGUGCACUCAGAGCAGCUACACAAGACCGGCUUUCCUACAGUCCAUGCCGUGGUCCUGCUCGAGGGCACCAUGAACCUGACAGGCGAAAUACAGCCCCUGGUGGAACAGCUGAUGAUGGUGAAGCGCAUGCAGCAUAUCCCCACCCCGCUCUUUGUGCUGGAGAUCUGGAAAGCCUGUUUCGUGGGGCUCAUCGAGUCCCCUGAAGGCACGGAGGAGCUCAAAUGGACAGCUUUCACCUUCCUCAAGAUCCCACAGGUGUUGGUAAAGCUGAAGAAGUACUGUCACGGGGACAAGGACUUUACCGAAGAUGUCCACUCUGCUUUCGAGUACCUGCUGAAGCUCACUCCCCUGUUGGACAAAGCCGACCAGCGCUGCAACUGCGACUGUACAAACUUCCUGCUCACAGAGUGUAGCAAGCAGGGGCUGCUGUCCGAAGCCAGCGUCAACAGCCUUACAGCUAAGCGCACUGAAGACCGGGAACAGGCACCCCAGCUGAAGUCAGGAGAAAAUGCCAACAUCCAGCCCAAUCCUGGGCUGAUCCUGCGGGCAGAGCCCACCGUCACCAAUAUCCUCAAGACGAUGGAUGCAGACCAUUCCAAGUCCCCAGAGGGGCUGCUGGGAGUCCUGGGUCACAUGCUGUCCGGGAAGAGUCUGGACCUACUACUGGCUGCCGCCGCUGCCACCGGAAAGCUUAAAUCCUUUGCCCGGAAAUUCAUCAACUUGAACGAGUUGAAUGAGUUCACAACCCACGGCAAUGGAGAAAGCACCAAAGCGGCCUCCGUACGUGCCUUGCUCUUCGAUAUCUCCUUCCUCAUGCUGUGCCAUGUGGCCCAGACCUAUGGUUCUGAGGUGAUUCUGUCCGAGUCAAGCCCAGGGCAAGAGGUGCCCUUCUUUGAGACUUGGAUGCAGACUUGCAUGCCCGAGGAGGGCAAGAUCCUAAACCCCGAGCACCCCUGCUUCCGCCCCGACUCGACCAAAGUGGAGUCGCUGGUAGCCCUGCUCAACAACUCCUCAGAGAUGAAGCUGGUGCAGAUGAAAUGGCACGAAGCCUGCCUCAGCAUUUCGGCGGCCAUCUUGGAAAUCCUCAAUGCCUGGGAGAACGGGGUGCUGGCCUUUGAAUCCAUCCAGAAAAUCACCGAUAACAUCAAAGGCAAAGUGUGCAGCCUGGCGGUGUGCGCCGUGGCUUGGCUCGUGGCCCAUGUCCGGAUGCUGGGGCUGGACGAGCGGGAGAAAUCACUGCAGAUGAUCCGCCAGCUGGCGGGGCCACUCUACAGCGAGAACACCCUGCAGUUCUACAACGAGAGGGUAGUGAUCAUGAACUCCAUCUUGGAGCACAUGUGUGCAGAUGUGCUGCAGCAGACUGCCACGCAGAUCAAGUUCCCAUCCACGGGCGUGGACACGAUGCCUUACUGGAACCUGCUCCCCCCCAAGCGGCCCAUCAAGGAGGUGCUGACAGACAUGUUUGCCAAGGUGCUGGAGAAGGGCUGGGUGGACAGCCGCUCCAUCCACGUGUUCGACACCUUGCUGCACAUGGGGGGCGUCUACUGGUUCUGCAACAACCUGAUCAAGGAGCUCCUGAAGGAGACGCGCAAGGAGCACACGCUGCGGGCUGUGGAGCUGCUCUACUCCAUCUUCUGCCUGGACAUGCAGCAGGUGACCCUGGUCCUGCUGGGCCAUAUCCUGCCCAGCCUGCUCACCGACUCUUCCAAGUGGCACAGCCUCAUGGAUCCCCCUGGCACUGCACUGGCCAAGCUUGCUGUGUGGUGUGCACUGAGUUCCUACUCAUCCCACAAGGGCCAGGCAUCCUCUCGCCAAAAGAAGAGACACCGUGAGGACAUCGAGGACUAUAGCAGCCUGUUCCCCUUGGACGACACACAGCCGUCGAAGCUGAUGCGCCUGCUAAGCUCCAAUGAGGACGACGCCAAUAUCCUUGCAAGCCCCACGGACCGCUCCAUGAGCAGCUCCCUGUCAGCCUCCCAGCUGCACACGGUCAACAUGAGGGACCCUCUGAACCGAGUCCUGGCCAACCUUUUCCUGCUCAUCUCCUCCAUCCUGAGCGCGCGCACCGCUGGCCCCCACACCCAGUUCGUGCAGUGGUUCCUGGAGGAGUGUGUGGACUGCCUGGAGCAGGGCAGCCGAGGCAGCAUCCUGCAGUUCAUGCCCUUCACCACCGUCUCGGAGCUGGUGAAGCUGUCGGCCACAUCCAGCCCCAAGGUGGUUCUAGCCAUCACGGACCUCAGCCUGCCCCUGGGACGCCAGGUGGCUGCCAAAGCCAUUGCUGCACUCUGAGGGCUUCGAGGGGCCGCAGGGACACCUGGGAGGGCGGCGGCCCUAGGCGCCCAGGAGGGGAGAGUGAGGGAAGGCGAGACCUGGUUGCUCAUGUUCCUGACAGUUUCCAGAUCUUUCUCCC